AUGUGGCACUGCAUUGUAGAUGUCAAUAGCAAACUGUCAAUCAAGAUCAUAGUGUCUGGUGGAUUCACAAUAGUCGAUUUCACCGUCCCUACCCGUGACAGCCCUGUAGUUCACCCGUGCGCCGAAGCACCUAUCUGUGAAGAAUGUCGUGCUGCUGAUCUUUGUUUCUUUGAUCCAACCUGUAGCAGUUGUCAGGACGUCCUUUCAAAUCCCAAGACCACUAUAUCUCAGUUGUUUGCUAUCAUGAGGCAAUGGAUACCACAGACUCAAGGACACCUAACGCUAUUAACAAGAGAGGUAUUAAGAAGAGGAGCACAUGUUAAUGAUAAGGAUGGACUAACUGAUCUCUCUUUGCUUCACUUUGCUUCAAAGGCGGGAGCUGUGGGCAUAGGCAAUGGUACCACAGCUGCUAACCUCGUUAACACUUUACUCAAUAAAGGUGCCAGUACUGAUCUAAAGUGUCAUUGGACAGACAUGAAUGCCUUACAUUAUGCUGUGUUCUUUGAUUGUGCGGAGGUUGUAGAAUUACUCUGUGAACAUAAUCCAGUACUGCUGACUACCAUCUCCUCUCAGUUUGAUGGAGGGAACUCGUUACACAUUGCAGCUGCUAGCCUCUCACUGGCGUCUGCUAAGACCCUGUUGAAGUACAAAGCUGAUGCUGGUUUUGCUGAUGCUACUGGUCUCUUACCUCACGAGGUCAUUCCACAAGUCUCCUCUAAUUCAGAUAAACUAAUAGCUAAGGAGCUGAGAGACUGUUUACAUGAGGCCUCCUUAUCUCGUCCUCCUAUUAAGACUGUCCGUCGUUCCGAGUCACCUUCAGCUCAUUCUCUCUCCUCCACUGGCACUCGUGGGUCCCGUGGGUCACCGGCCAGUAAUAAACCAACGCUCUCUGUCACACCCACUUCUAACUUGAAAGGAGUUAAUGACAGCAAGUCAAGUACUAUCAAUAGAUUCUUUUGCUUCCAUUACAUGAAUGGAUAA